CACAACCAUUGCUCCACGAAAAAGCAGUAAGCAGACAUUAUGGGUUUCAAGAAUGUGCUUUUCUGCUUUCUUCUUCUCUUUGUCUCAGGCAUAGCAAUAGCUGCACAAGAUUCCCAAAACCGGGAUCUUGGGACAGUGAUCGGUAUCGACCUGGGGACGACGUAUUCGUGCGUGGGAGUCUACACAAACGGUAAAGUUGAGAUCAUAGCGAACGACCAAGGGAAUCGGAUCACUCCAUCAUGGGUUGCAUUCACCAAUACAGAUCGUUUGAUCGGAGAAGCAGCCAAGAAUCAAGCAGCCCUCAACCCCGAACGUACUGUUUUCGAUGUUAAAAGGCUAAUAGGGAGAAAAUUUGAUGAUCCGGAUGUCCAGCGGGACAUGAAGAUGUUGCCUUAUCAGGUCGUGGACAAAGACGGGAAGCCUUACGUGCAGGUGAAGACUAAAGAUGGAGAAGUUAAGGUCUUUAGUCCUGAGGAAAUCAGCGCUAUGGUGCUCAGAAAAAUGAAGGAAACUGCUGAAUCUUACUUGGGAAAGAAAGUUCAUGAUGCAGUUGUAACUGUUCCAGCUUAUUUCAAUGAUGCGCAGAGACAAGCAACGAAGGAUGCCGGUGCAAUCGCAGGCCUCAACGUUGUACGUAUAAUCAACGAGCCCACGGCAGCAGCCAUCGCCUAUGGCCUGGACAAGGAAGGAGAGGAGAAGAACAUACUCGUUUUCGACCUGGGAGGCGGCACAUUCGAUGUCAGCGUACUGAGCAUGGACAAUGGGGUGUUUGAGGUUCUUGCCACAAACGGCGACACGCACUUGGGCGGGGAAGAUUUUGAUCACCGUGUAAUGGACUACUUUGUUAAGCUGAUCAAGAAGAAGCACAACAAGGACAUCAGCCAGGACAAGAAGGCUCUCGGGAAGCUGAGGAAGGAGUGCGAGAGAGCGAAGCGAGCUCUCAGCAGCCAGCAUCAGGUUCGCGUUGAGAUCGAGUCGUUGUUUGAUGGUAAGGAUUUCUCGGAGUCUCUGACAAGGGCGAGGUUCGAGGAGUUGAACAUGGACUUGUUCAGGAAGACGAUGGAGCCCGUGAAGAAGGCGUUGAAGGACGCGAAAUUGAAAGUGUCCGACAUUCAUGAGAUUGUGCUCGUCGGGGGCAGCACUCGGAUUCCAAAGGUGCGACAGCUGCUUAAGGAGCAUUUCGGCGGGAAGGAACCGAACAAGGGUGUGAAUCCAGAUGAGGCCGUCGCCCAUGGAGCUACCAUACAAGGGGGAAUCAUCACUGGGGAAGAAACCAAAGAUGUUCUUGUGCUUGAUGUGAAUCCCUUGAGUUUGGGCAUUGAGACUGUAGGUGGAGUUAUGACAAAGCUGAUCCCAAGAAAUACUGGGAUUCCGACCAAGAGAUCACAGCUUUUCAGCACUUAUCAAGACCAGCAAACCACAGUAUCAAUCAAGGUAUAUCAAGGAGAAAGGGCGAUGGCGAAAGAUUGUCACGAACUCGGACAGUUCGAAUUGUCCGGCAUUCCACCGGCUCCACGAGGAGUGCCUCAAAUCGAAGUUACAUUUGAGGUCGACGUAAACGGCAUACUACACGUGACGGCGCAAGACAAGGCUGCCAAAAGGUCUAAGUCCAUCACCAUAACCAACGACAACGGCCGUCUGAGCGAAGAAGAGAUCCGUAGAAAGGUGAUGGAAGCAGAGGAGUUCGCGGAGGAAGACAAGAAGGCCAAAGAGAGAGUCGAGGCCCGCAACAAGCUGGAGACGUAUGUAUUUAACAUGAAGAGCGCAAUCAACGACGACGACAAGCUGGCUAACAAGAUUGAGCCUGAUGACAAGAAGAAGACUGAAAAUGCACUGAGGGAUGCAGUGGAGUGGUUGGAAAACAAUGAGGAAGCGGACAAGGAAGAACUGGAGGAGAAGAUGAGAGAGUUGGAAGCAGUGUGCAGUCCUGUUGUCCGGAAAGCGUACGAGGAAAGUGACACGACUUCUAGUGAUGAUCAUGAAGAAGAAGAGCCCUUUCAUGAUGAGUUGUGAUGAAAUACAGAGAGGGUUAUAUAUCAAUAUUUGUUUCUGUUUUUUUCUUUUUGGUUCUAUUCUUCACAUUUUUAUGUUAUUCAUAGGGACUUUUUGAGGUUGUUACACUUAAAAACACUUACGGCCCGUUUGGUUGUGUUUUCAAUGAGAUUUUUUUCACUUUUCACUAUUUGGGUAGUUGGGAUUUUGUUUGGUCAAGCCAUUUUCAUUGACAAUGCAUUCCUAUUUUAAUUCUCAAUUUUUUGAAAUUAUAGGUCACAUAGGUUUGUCAUACUUGUCUUAUCUUGUCAACAUGUCUUUUUUUGUUUCAAAUCAAUUAAAAUUGUUUCAAAUGACAAGACU